CAGAGAAUAAUAUAUUCUUCCGCGAGGAGGAAAUGAAUAUCUUUACACGUUCGAUUUGAACUGAGUUUCUUACUUUAUCGAACUUUUCUUUUACCACUUUCCCUCGUGAUUCUCAGAUUAAAUUUGUAAUUAUUCUCUGGAGACAGUGGAUAUUUUGAUUUUAAGUUAUUCCAAAAUAGAUUGAAAACUACCCAAAUACUGCAUAUUCAAGUUGAUUUUUUGAGCUAGGAUUAGAUGCUGAAAUCGUCACUUCUACUUUAAGUUCCGUAGAACCACAGUAAUAGAGAUUCAAAUCCUUUGUGCAGUUAUGGCGGACAAAUCGAGACCCAGCACGUUAAAUGUUUACCUUUAUGUACCCAACAUCAUUGGAUACAUAAGAAUUAUAAUGAAUUGCUUUGCUUUCGCCAUAUGCUUCAAGGACAAAUAUCUUUUCUCGGUUCUGUAUUUUAUUAGCUUUGCGUGUGAUGCAUUAGAUGGUUGGUUUGCACGCAAAUUGAAUCAAGUUUCAACCUUUGGAGCUGUUCUCGACAUGGUUACAGAUAGGAUAAGCACUGCCUGCCUGCUGGUAAUACUCUCCCAAGUUUAUAGGCCUGGCUUCAUUUUCUUGUUGUUGCUUGCUCUAGAUAUUGCCAGCCAUUGGUUGCAAAUGUACAGUUCCUUCUUGGUAGGCAAAACUAGUCAUAAAGACGUAGAGGAUAGUAGCAGUUGGCUGUUCAGGGCUUACUAUGCGAAUCGCAAAUUUAUGGGUUACUGUUGUGUAUCCUGUGAGGUUCUUUACAUUAUUUUGUUUCUUCUAGCAAAGAAGCAAACCGAGAAUUUGACUGAUGUUUUAGUGAACGCUGCAACGCAAAGUUGGAUAUACUUAACUCUUUUAGCUUUAAUUCUGUUCGGAUGGACAAUCAAGCAAUCAGUCAAUCUUAUCCAGAUAAAGACUGCAGCAGAUGCAUGCAUACUAUAUGACAUCAACAAAAAGCAAAAGGAUUAAUGUGGUAUAAUAGCUAAUUGGAGAGCUACGUGUUGCAGGCAGUCGUCGUUUACCAAAUGAUGUAUUUUUGUUCUCUUCCAGAAGAACUUUAAUUCCAUAUUGGUUGCUAUGUGGACCUGCAAUUUGGAUCGAGUUGAAAGUGUGGAACAGUUGAACUUUUUUUUUUUUUUUUUUCAAUCAGUCAAUCUUCAAUUAUGUGGCCGAGCACGUUUGAAUAUUUGCAUAGUAUAUUUUGUACAGCUCCUCUUGGAAAUUGACCUGUUUUUUGAACAGUUGUGUCGUAGGUGAAAUGUUCUCUUGCCGUUUGUUCUA